AUGCAAAAUAUCGAAUUAAAGCAAUUUGAUGCAGCGGUGUAUUACUCAGGCAAAUCAUCAGAAGGAGACGAGGUUCACCGUGCUGAAACAGAUUCACCGGGAACAAGUACAACAGCAGAAGAAGCCGGGGCUGAUGGACCUAAUACCGAAUGCGAUCAGCUGUUGGGAGAUUCGGGUGCCCGACAAAAUGCGAUGGGAAUUCGGGUGAUAGAAGCACCAUCGGAAUCGACGGUCGAAUUCCGGCAUAUAUCUGAUGGAAUUCGGCAGACGGCUUUCAUAGCAAGCGCAAUAUCAGAAAUUGCACAUAAUUCUGGUGAGUUUCUGUCGCAUCUGGAAAGUAUCCAUCGAGAUCCAACACUCACUUUUAUAGGAUUACUAACACUCAAAUCCUGA